GCACAGGGAGAAGCACUUCCGCUUCCGCCGGAGCGCCCGGGACGGAAGUCGCCCGUGUGCGCGUUUAGCCGCGGAAGGCUGAGGCGGCAUCCCGCGGGCCUAGGGGAGCUUCUGUCGCCGGGCGCUCGGCUUGCGGGAGGAUUUUAUUUAUUUAUUUGAGAGAGAGAGGAGACACAGGCAGAAGGAGAAGCAGGCUCCACGUAGGGAGCCCGACGUGGGACUCGAUCCCCAGUCUCCAGGAUCACACCCUGGGCUGAAGGCAGCGCUAAACCGCUGAACCACCUGUCCCGCAACCACUGUUUCUUAUGCAUUGUAGAGAUAACUAUGUUCAUUUACAAGUGUGUACCUUAGUAUUCCUGUACUCUCUCCUCCCCCACUGCAAAUUAAAGUAGAGCACACUAAGACUUUGGGCUGCUGAUUUAGUGCCAUGCAUCCUUUACAGUGUGUCCUGCAAGCACAGAAGUGGGGGCCCUUGGCUUCUGUGUCCUGGCUGCUGCUCAGGACCUGCAGGGCACUUAGUAAUCUCCCUAGCACUGCAUGUCCCAGUCCAGAGAAGCAGCAGGAAGAUGGAGUUCGGAAGGAUUUCAGCUCCAGGCUGGCCACUGGGCCAACUUUUCAGCAUUUUUUAAGAAGUGCUUCAGCUCCUCAAGAGAAGCCAGACAUGGAGGACCCACCCCCCUAUGUCACAGUGGAAGAACUUUUAGGGAGGCAGAGAAAAGUCUAUCUGGAGACCUAUGGCUGCCAGAUGAAUGUGAAUGACACAGAGAUAGCCUGGUCUGUCUUACAGAAGAGUGGCUACCUGCGGACCAGGAACCUCCAAGAGGCUGAUGUGAUCCUCCUUGUCACAUGUUCCAUCAGGGAGAAGGCAGAGCAGACCAUCUGGAAUCGUUUACAACAGCUUAAAGCCCUGAAGACCAAACGGCUCCGCUCCCGAGUACCUCUGAGGAUUGGGAUUCUAGGCUGCAUGGCUGAGAGAUUGAAGGAGGAGAUUCUCAACAGGGAGAAAAUGGUGGAUAUUUUGGCAGGUCCAGAUGCCUAUCGGGACCUUCCUCGACUGCUGGCUGUUGCUGAGUCAGGCCAACAAGCUGCCAAUGUGCUGCUCUCUCUGGAUGAGACUUAUGCUGAUGUCAUGCCAGUCCAGACAAGCCCUAGUGCUACUUCUGCUUUCGUGUCUAUUAUGCGAGGCUGUGACAACAUGUGCAGCUACUGCAUUGUUCCUUUCACACGUGGCCGGGAGAGGAGUCGACCUGUUGCUUCCAUUCUAGAGGAAGUGAGGAAGCUUUCAGAACAGGGACUGAAAGAAGUGACACUUCUUGGUCAGAAUGUUAAUAGUUUUCAGGACAGUUCAGAGGUCCAGUUCAACAAUGCAGUAUCUACUAACCUUAGCCGCGGCUUUUCUACCAACUAUAAACCCAAGAAAGGGGGCCUUCGCUUCACUUACCUUCUGGAUCAGGUCUCCAGAGUAGAUCCUGAAAUGAGGAUCCGUUUCACCUCUCCCCACCCUAAAGACUUUCCUGAUGAGGUUCUACAGCUGAUUCAUGAGAGAGACAACAUCUGUAAACAGAUCCACCUACCAGCCCAGAGUGGAAGCAGCCGUGUAUUGGAGGCCAUGAGGAGGGGGUAUUCAAGAGAAGCUUAUGUGGAGUUAAUUCAUCAUAUUAGAGAAUCUAUUCCAGGUGUGAGCCUCAGCAGCGAUUUCAUUGCUGGCUUUUGUGGUGAGACAGAGGAAGAUCACCUCCAGACAGUGUCUUUGCUUCGGGAAGUUCAGUACAACAUGGGCUUCCUUUUUGCUUACAGUAUGAGACAGAAGACCCGGGCGUAUCACAGAUUGAAAGAUGAUGUCCCAGAAGAGGUAAAAUUAAGACGUUUGGAGGAACUUAUUACUGUCUUUCGAGAAGAAGCAACAAAAGCCAACAUGGCCUCUGUGGGUUCUACCCAGCUGGUAUUGGUGGAGGGGAAUGGUUUUAUUAUUCUCCUGACCUUGUCUUCUAUACGUUGUGAUGGAGUCUCUGGUGUCAUGUCUGCCUGUUCAUUAGAAGCUGGUAACUCAGGCCAAACAACCCCAGAACAUUCCCGAGUGAUUAAUAUGAGACUGGGUAUAGUGAAAGUCAGUUUGCCACCUGCAUCACCCAUAUGUCAUUGCCUUGCCUUCAGGAUUGUUGGAAGUCCACUCCUAAGGAAGCACAGUAAACGCUCUGCCACUGAUCUGUGUGGCCGGAAUGAUGGAAACCUUAAAGUGAUCUUCCCCGAUGUAGAGAUGGAGGACAUUAAUAAUUCUGACGUCAGGGUCAGAGCUCAGCCUGGGGACUAUGUACUGGUGAAGAUCACAUCCACCAGCUCUCAGACACUUAAAGGACAUGUUCUCUGCAGGACCACCCUGAAGGACUCCUCAGCAUAUUGCUGACCUGAGUGGAUGGUGUUAGAGUUGACAUGAGCUGUCCUUCCCAACAGGAAGGGAGAUAUGACUGGUCACUAAUGAAAGAGGUAGAACCUCUGGAGACAAGCUGCAAGUGAUAAAGCAACUUUAUGUCAAAUGGAAAAUGUAUCUCUUUGCUGCUACGUGAACAGUUUUACAGUCAUUAAAUUUACCAAAAGUAAAGUGA